CAGGAGCUGAGCAUGGUGGAGCAAGCUGCCGGCAACUAUGGCAAGGCAACUGCUCUGCGGAACCUUGCAAGGGAGCGGCGAUGGAUCCAACACAGAGCACGGAACGCAGUAGCGAAUGCCAAGGGAAACCUCCAGGACUCAGCAGCUGUUCCAGAUGCAGUCAUUAUGCCCAUGUUGCAAGGGUCUUGACGGGCUGCACUUUGGGCAGAAGCACAUGCGGGCAUUUGGCUGCCCCCCUUAACGCUGCUAACAGAUUGAAAUCCCAGUCGUGAAGGGCCACCCUGCCACGGCGGCACUGAAGUCAUCUUGACUCAACUCGGCAGUCAGGAAGACAGUACUGUGUGUGGGAAGCGGUUAUAUGACGGAUUAUUGUAUGUACCAGUAUGGACUAAUUGUAUUCACCUUAUCGGUCUAAUAAGUUUGGUGUGGUUGAUGAAUUGAUGUCACAUGUUCUGGGUCAGGGGGUAUAUUCAUGGACCUGCGCAUGCCCUGGCUAAGGGCUGAGUCAUCACUAGAUCAGGAAGUUGCCAUUGCCUUUAUAUGGUUUGUAACAAGGACGAGCUUC